AUGAAAAAAGACAGUUAUUAUAAUACUCAAGAAUUAAUCUUUUCUCCUACAAUUUAUAGCUACCGGUUAGAAGUCUGUCAAGAGCCAAUAAGAGCAAGGAUGUGCGGUUUCGGUGACAAAGAUAGACGUCCUAUCGAUCCACCACCUGUGGUAAGGUUAGUUGUAACUAAUACUGAUGGGAGUAUUGUUCCUGAAAGUUCGAUAGAUCAUUCUAUGAUGGUUGUCCAUGCUGGAUUGUGGAAUGAGGACAAAACGGAAGAACGUUCCCUAGUUAUAAAUCCAUCCACAAUUCCAGCACAAUCAUCCAAUGGUCCAAGUUCCACAGUUUUAUCAUUACAUGCGCCAGCGCGCACACGUAACUUGAUGGGUCAUUACACUUCAUCUGCAUAUGUACUAUACAAUCAUUUAGGUGAAUCUGGAAUUUAUUUCAUAUUUCAAGAUAUUUCGGUAAGAACAGAGGGAGCUUUUACGCUUAGGUUUUCUUUUUGCGAUUUAAAAGAACUAUUGAUUCGUAGUUCGUUAAAUGGUUAUCCAAACAGCCGUGGAUCGGUAGGUGCCGAGGUUUUUAGUGAAUCUUUUAGAGUUUAUUCUGCAAAAAAGUUUCCGGGAAUGACAGAGUCGACAUCAUUAUCUAAAGCAUUUGCACGCCAGGGAAUAAAAAUUCCAAUUCGUAAAGAAACUCGUUAUAGAAAAUCCAAUAAUAAUAAUAAUGUCGAACAUGAAAAUAAUGCCGAAGGAAAAGCUAAAGAAUCAACUUCGUUAGCCGCGUCCUCUUCAUCGUCAUCAUCGUCAAAAGCCACUUUGAAGCCUAUUCAAAAAUUACCUGGCCAAUCUACUGUUACUACAAGUCAUCAUCAUCUUAAUAAUACUGAUAAUAGAAAAGACGGUAUUAAUUCUCUCAUGGAAGAAGAUGAUGACGAUGACGAGGGAGUUAGCGAACACACCAAUAAUAAUUAUGAGAAUUCUACUCAGAUGGAGGAAGAUCACAAUAAAGGAAAAUUAGCCGAGAAACUCACUUAA